AUGUUCAUCACCUCCAUCGCCUACCUGGACCUUUCCGGCCCAUUGUCCUACUGGUACACAGGGACGGAGAGCUGUGUGGAAGACGGCCCACACUUCACCUACGCGUACUACCUGGCCAUCUCCAAUGUGGUGGGGGCCGUCGGCUCCAUCCUUGGCGCAGUCAUCUUUCAGUACAUGCAGGAUUGGACCUUCCGCCAGGCUUUCUGGGUCACAACUGUGAUCCAAGUGGUGGCCUCCUGGUUCGAUCUUCUCAUCAUUUCCCGCCAGAAUCUCAAGUUCGGGUUUUCGGACAAAGCUGCCUACCUCUUCGGAGACGCGGCUUGCCAGAGCUUGGCGCAGCAGAUGGCGCUGAUGCCUCAGGCUCUCCUCACUGCCAGGCUUUGCCCCCGCGGUGCAGAGGCGACCGUCUUUGCCAUCCUCGCCGGUUUCCAGAACUUCGGAUCGAACAUCGGAUCGCUCCUGGGCGCGCAGCUCUCCGAUCACUUCGGCAUCACUUGCAGCAGGAUGGGGCCGUGCAACUUCGAGUGGCUCAAGACGCUGAUCCUGGUGUGUCAUAUGCUGGUGCCACUGGCCUGUCUGCCGCUAACCUGGGUCCUCGUCCCUGCUGCCGUCAUCAGUGACGAGAGUGCUUUUGAGAUGGCUUCCCCGCCGCCGUCUUUCGCGUCACCGGGGCCAUCUCCU